GCGCAUCAGAGGUCCGACUCAUUCACCUAGCGUCAGUCAGGGUGACUGUUCUCACAGCCGGCCGGUCGAGCGCGAGUAGAGGUAGAGGAUGAACGCGGUGACGCAGCGGUGGACACAGGACUAGAUGGAGACGUAGAGUUUAACAGCAGAAUAACAAGCACAAGUAGAAGCGCUGUUGUUCAUAGCUGAGAGCGGAGCAAACGGUCAAAAAGGGGAACGGACAGAAACAAACGGAGCUGGUCCUCGUCUUCGGGGCAUGCUGGGAUAUCACUCAUGGAUUUAGUCGACCUGUACCUUCCAGAGUGCUUCAGCUGCCACUCUGACAUAGAGCAUCUGAACAGAAUGUCAGUGAGGGGCCUGGACCCCGCCUGUCACCCCUCUAUAAAGCUGGAACCUUCCAGCCCCACCCCGAGCUCUCAGGGGGACGUUAGCCCGCCCCAGCCGAGUCCGGGGAGCUCUUCCUCGGACACCAACUCUAGCUACGGCCCCCUCAAGAACCUCGCUCAUAGCAAUGGUUUGGACUCGCCGGGCCUCCAGGGUCACGCCACAGCCUUGGCCAGCAACGGAGGAUCCAACAGGAGGUGUGGGGAGGAGGAAGGCCAAGUCAAGUGUGAGUUCAUACUGGGCUCGGUGGCCAAACGGCUGUGUCUGGUGUGCGGGGAUGUGGCCUCAGGGUACCACUACGGUGUGGCCUCCUGUGAGGCCUGCAAGGCCUUCUUCAAGAGGACCAUUCAGGGUAACAUUGAAUACAGCUGCCCAGCAUCUAAUGAAUGUGAAAUCACCAAAAGGAGGAGGAAAUCGUGCCAGGCCUGUCGAUUUGUGAAAUGUCUGGCAGUGGGCAUGCUCAGAGAGGGUGUGCGCCUGGACCGGGUUCGAGGAGGACGACAAAAGUAUAAGAGAAGAAUAGAUGCAGAGAACAGCCUGUAUCUGCACUCCCAGAACCCCCUCCCGCAGAAAAAAACAUUCUCUGCUGGUGGCGUGGUUGAGAACAAAGUGGUAUCUCUGCUGCUGGUCGCUGAGCCGGAGGCCAUCUUCGCCAUGCCGGACCCAAUGGUAGCGGAGAGCGACAUCAAGGCUCUGACCACGCUAUGCGACCUGGCCGACAGGGAGCUGGUGGUCAACAUCGGCUGGGCCAAACACAUCCCAGGCUUCGCCUCUCUCUCUCUCGCGGACCAGAUGAGUCUCCUGCAAAGCGGCUGGAUGGAGAUUUUGAUCCUUCGGGUGGUGUUUCGCUCGCUGGCUUUCGAAGACAAGCUGGUGUACGCGGACGACUACAUCAUGGACGAGGAGCAGUCCAAGCUGGCCGGGCUGCUGGACCUCAACAACGCCAUUCUGCAGCUGGUGAAGAAAUACAAGAGCAUAGGACUGGAGAAGGAGGAGUUUGUGGUUCUCAAAGCCAUCGCGCUCGCCAACUCGGACUCCAUGCAGAUCGAGGACACCGAGGCGGUGCAGAGACUCCAGGAUGAGCUCCACGGGGCUCUACAGGACUACGAGUUCACCCACCAUCCGGAGGACCCGCGGCGCACCGGCAAGGUCAUCAUGACCCUUCCUCUCCUGCGUCAGACGGCCGCCCGAGCCGUCCAGCACUUCUGCAGCAUUAAACAGGACGGCCGUGUUCCCAUGCACAAACUAUUCCUCGAACUCCUGGAGGCCAAAGCCUAAACACAGACAGCCAAUCAGCUUUGUCCUAAGAGGUGACGACAUGGGGGGGAGGGGAUGAGGGUGUUAGAAUUCGUCCAUUUUCAGCUAGCAUUUCAACAUUAUGUCUGAAUUUGCAGUUGCAGAACUAUUUUUAUAGCUCUCACCCUUCCCAUGAAAGUCCGUAGAGGAGGUGAAGACAAACGGACGAGCAGGAGAAGCGCCUUCUACAGAUAUUCACCCUCAUAUGCCAAAACGUAGUUUCUGCUUUCAAAAGGAAGGGGCUGAUACUUGAAGAUCCUCGCGGAUCGCUCAUCUCAAAAGCUGUCAUUUUAGUGCAUCCAGAGUAGCUUCAGCAUUUGGUCCGUUUCAGUCCUUUUUCUGUAUAGAAAAGGUUGCUCUUUUUGCCAAAGAGUAGAGAGAUUUGAGGGAAUAAAACCAGCAAAUGUCUACUAAUACAUAUACAUUUUUUUUUUUUUUUGCUGUGGUUAAUGACAAAAAACAAUUGAAGCUAUAAAUCUAAGAUUUAAAGAGAACUUCAGGGAAAAGGGAUGCAAAUGUCUGACAACAGGUAUUUAUUUAAAACUGGAGAAAUUGAAGUGAGUUUUUUUGUUUUUAGGAUUUGUAACAGGUGAUAUGGUUUUCUUUUUUUUUUUUACACUAGCUUCCCCGCCACAUUAGAUCUUGAAAUGAAGAAGACUUUUCUGACUUAAUGUAAAAAAGCUGCAAUAUAUACAGUAAGUAUGUAUAUGUAUAUCUUGGAUUAGAGAGUUUUUUUUUCUUCUUAAUGGUAGAAAUCUCAGUGUAGGGUCAAAUCUGUGCACUUUUUUUCUUUGCUUUUUAGCCAUAAAAUUUGGGAGAACUGGGUGAUGUUGAACUGUCGGUGUGUUUUUGUGUGACGAGUCUUGAAAUUUGUGUUUUGUCUCCAUGAAGGGAUUAAAUUUGGCGGUAAUCUGAGUGCGUUGCUCCUUUAAGGAGCACAGUCUAAUCUGCUUGUUUCUGGAUCCAUCAGCAAUAUGGUAGUUGAAAUAGAAGUGUUGCUGUACAGUAUAUGCAUCAUGUCUUAUGCCAACAGAGGUGUUUUGUCUGGAAGAGCCAUUCUGUUUUAUUCUCAGGUUGAUUUAUUUGUAUUUUUGUUUUUUGGGCAAUAAAUAUGAUCCCCUUAAUGCCAAAAGCUGGUAACA